AUAAUGACUGCUCCGGUGGCAGUUCAGGCAAGGGUCACACCCAGAUUCCAAAGUCCGUGCUGUUUGUCCGACCCGAGCCCGGCACCGCUCUCGGCGCCCCUGCCUGCUGCUGCUCGGGAGCUGCUGUCUGGGUCCAGAAAGCACCGGAGCGCUUUGGUGAAGCACCGGUGGCGUUUUCCAGCCCCCACACGGGCGCCUAAGGCCACGCGAACGGACUCGCUCUCCGCGUGUCUGUCGUGACUGUCGGCGCUCUUCCGUCAGACCCCAGGAGCGGAGGCUUGGGUUGCAAGCAGCAGCGAGACGUUUGCUGGGAUGAGGCCAGGUUUUCUUCAGUAUCUGCGGGCCCGCGGUGUCCUCGGGUGUCAGGGUGCGCCGGGAAACCAUGCCGUCACCGGGACACCGGCUCCGGGAUGUCGAGCACCACCCUCUGCUGAGCGAAAGUGACGCCUACGACUCCGCGCCGUCCUCGUCCUCCGAGGCCGACGGGGCGGACAGGGUCUGGUUCAUCCGCGACGGCUGCGGCGUGGUCUGUGCCGUCCUGACGUGGCUCCUGGUGGUGUACGCCGACUUCGUGGUGACCUUCGUCAUGCUGCUGCCGUCCAAGGACUUCUGGUACGCCGUGCUCAACGGCGUCUCCUUCAACUGCCUGGCGGUGCUGGCCCUGUCCUCUCACCUGAGGACCAUGCUCACCGACCCCGGGGCGGUACCCAAAGGAAACGCCACAAAGGAAUUCAUGGAGAGCUUGCAGCUGAAGCCUGGAGAGGUGAUCUACAAGUGCCCCAAGUGCUGCUGCAUCAAGCCCGAGCGUGCCCACCACUGCAGUAUUUGCAAAAGAUGCAUUCGGAAAAUGGAUCAUCACUGCCCCUGGGUGAACAACUGCGUGGGGGAGAAGAAUCAGAGGUUUUUUGUGCUCUUCACUAUGUACAUCGCUCUGGCCUCGGUGCACGCGCUCGUCCUCUGCGGGCUCCAGUUCAUCUCCUGUGUCCGAGGGCAGUGGACUGAGUGCAGUGGUUUCUCGCCGCCAGUGACGGUGAUCCUGCUCAUCUUCCUGUGCCUUGAGGGGCUCCUGUUUUUCACGUUCACCGCCGUCAUGUUCGGCACCCAGAUCCACUCCAUAUGCAACGACGAGACGGAGAUCGAGAGGCUCAAGAGUGAGAAGCCCACCUGGGAGCGGAGGCUGCGGUGGGAGGGGAUGAAGUCUGUCUUUGGGGGGCCCCCUUCGCUGCUCUGGAUGAACCCCUUCGUUGGCUUCCGACUGCGGCGCCUGCAGACGAGACCCAGGAAAGGGGGCCCCGAGUUCUCGGUGUGAGGCUCCCUCGGCGUGCGGACCUUUUUAAGGACUUUAUUUGGGGUCAGAAGGUAUCACCCGCUCGUCUGUGGCCAGUAGGGCGAAUGGAACCUCCACUUGCCGCAGAGGUUACACGGUCACGGGUGGCAGGUUGGCCACACCAGUAAGUGGUGGCGCUCUGAUCACUGUCACUGUCAAGCAGCGAAAGGGUGUGGCCACACGAAGAAGCCAAAUGUCCUCCUCCUCCUGCACAGUUAGGAGUUUUGUGGACACACUCUGCCUUUUCUGAGAAGGCGUGUGGGAUGUCACACGGGUAAAAUCCUGUGUGCCGAGCAGCUUUUCUCACUCAUGAAGAAAACAAGUCAAUCCAGUGAACCAGAAUUCGGCGGCCGGGGGUUUCAGGGAGCCCCGUUGCCCCAGGACUCACGAGUGACCCCCUCGGGCAAGAAGGGGCUUUGACGCAGGAGCACCGUGGGCCACCCCGGCCCCACACUUUGCACUGAGCAGUGGGGGCUCCAGCCUCGCCCCCCGGGGCCGUCCCUGGCCCCUCAGCGGGUCUGUGCGGGUCUGUGUGCGCGUGCACGCGUGGUUUCAAGGGGGCCGUGUCGUUGGGCGACGUGACCUGGAAUGGCCGUUUCAGGGAAGGGGGAGGCUGUGCGGUCUCCUCCCGGGGGCGUCUUUGAAUGUAUUGCGUAGGAGAGGGGGUCUCGAUCCAAAGAACAGUGGCUCCCGCCUGGUCCCCUGCUGCCCUCUCGUAUUCUUUUCAUGUACAGACCUCGGGGCUUGGGAGCUGCCUGUGCUGUUCCAGCCACGUUAGCCUCUGCGGGAGAAGCGGGCGUCUGCAGCGGCCCGGUAGCCUGGAGCAGACGCGGCUGGAGGCCCCCGAGGAGGCGGGAGGGCUGCAGAGCAGGAGCCCCUGGGCCCGGGUGCCUCCUUUGCAGGCAGUAUUCAGGGUGGUGACCUCUGGACUUUUUAUUUUUACCUUCUUGGGGCCUCUUUUAUGUUGUUUCUCUUCCCCCGUCCCAAGCGAUCAAAUAGGACCCUUGGUGCAGAGCUUAAGUGACGCCAGAAAGCAAACAGCGCCCCUCCGUGGGGACUCGCCUUAAACCUGCCUGGUUUGUGCGUGUUUUGCGGGCCUCGUGAGGAAGCCGCCUGUGACGAGGUCUGGGGGCCCCACGCCUGCCUCCCUGUCUCCACGCCUUUCCGCUCGUGCGUGAGCCGUAGCUGUGCUUUUGUUCGAAUUCCCCUGUCCCAUCCUGGCCAGGGCUCCUGCCCCUGCGGGCGCGGAGGGGCCCACGUCCUCCUGGGGGCCUGAGUGGCAGGCGGAGGCCAGAGGCCAGCGGGAGGAGUGCCCGAGGUCCUUCUGCGGGUCCGCGUGCACGUCCGUCGUCCGGCUGCCGUGUACGGGGCUUCAGCGCGAGGCUUUGGCGUGUGUAUCCAGGUUUCCAGUAAGAGACGUUACCCAGGUGGUUGACUCCCUGACACGCGGCAGGUGUCUGCCCGUCGAGUAUACUUGACUUUUCCGCCUCUUCUUUGGACGUACCUUUUGUAUGAAAUAAAGUCACGAGUUGACGUCCUCCCGCA